AGUUAUCGGAACAUCCAUGGAGGUUUGAUAUUCCGGGACGCAAUCUGCUUUAAAUCCCGAUGUGCGAAAAUAGUCGGCAUCUCCUUGACUGGGACCCCAGAAUUCGACUGACCAGCCCGGAAAGGGAGGAGCAGAGAGAGGGUCGGCGUUGUGCAUCGUGGUCACUGACCGAGCUCGAGGGGCUUUGACCGCCAUCGACGUUCUGUAUCUUUGAGGACCGAGAGCUAGCGGGCAAGAGCCGGACAUGCUCUCAGGCUCGUGAUCUGUUGGGGACCAGGCGCAGGCGCAUUUCGCGUCGUCCACAUUGCCCAUCCAUUCAUCUACCGACCAGUUCGAAGAUUGGCCAAUUUCCUCGUUGGCUGAAGGUGGGCUCUCUGCCGGCUGUUGGCUCUGCCCCUUUGAUCUCAAUACCUGAUACUGCUGCUCUUCCCGGACUGGCAUUUCUCAAUGUCAGGGUAGGCAGCCAGAGGAGAGCAGGGCAGGGCAGGGCCGGGCGGGUAGUUAGUCGUUGCUUGUUAUCGUGGCGAUUUGGUUCUAUGAUCUGCUUCACGAGAGAUUGAUUGAUUGAUCGGACUUGCAGUUGCUGUUCUUGCGGAUUCUUCUUCUGCACGUGCCGAGGUUUGGAGAAAGACGGGAAUUUGUAAAUCAAGCGGGCACGGAUAAGGAGGGCAGGACUGGUUAGGUUAUGGUGGGUGGUCGGGGCGGAGGAAGAAGAGGAGGAGGACGAGGAGAGGGAGGUUCUUGGUUUUGGUGACAUACAUGAGUGUUUUUUGAGAAGCUCGCACGGGUGGGGGAGGCUGCUUCUGCGCUCCUGCGGUGAAUAAGAGAUGGGGAGGAAAGAUGGAGGGAGCUGGGGUCAACGGGGUGGCGGUGUGUUCUCGUCGCGCAUCACCAUUGCCGUUGUGAUCGGCAUCACUUUGGGCAGCUUGCUGGCUUAUGUGUCUCCUCACGGAUUUUUGCAGUCGAAUCCUGCUGAUACUACCACCAAACCUUUCGAAAGCUCGGGUGGCAACACCGAUCUCCCCGCAUCGAGUUUCUCCCGGGUGGCCCUGACGGCCGACGACUUCAAGUACUCGAAGAUCCAGGAGGAGCUUAUAGUCCUAAAGAAAGAGAAUGAACGGUUAUUGAAGAAGCACAUUGACAUGAAGAAGCAAAUCCGUGAGUUAUCCAACGAGAGAAAUGCUGCCCGCCAACAAGUUCUCACGCUGGUUCCACCGGUGAAAGCCGGGGCUGUCGGGACUGUGAAGAGCUUGCGAACGCAUCCCACGGUAGAACCCGACGAAGAAGUGAACCCGGACCUGGCCAAGCUCUUGAAGGGAGUGGCCAUCAACAGGGAGCUCAUCGUGGGUGUUUCUAACAAGAACGUGCUGCAAAUGCUCAAGGUUUGGUUCGACAGCAUCAAGCGAUCCGGUGUGACCAAUUUUCUCGUCAUUGCUCUGGACGACGCAACUGCAGAAUUCUGCAAGGAGAAUGGCGUCCCCGUGUACAGACGAGACGCGACGAUCUCAUCCGCUCAAGCGGGCACCGGUGACAAUCAUGCCGUCUCUGGUCUGAAGUUCCACCUUUUGAGAGAGUUUCUCGUGCUGGGUUACAGCGUGCUGCUUUCAGAUGUGGAUAUUGUGUAUCUGCAAGAUCCAUUCAAGCACUUGUACCGGGACUGUGAUGUGGAGAGCAUGUCUGAUGGCUUCGACAACAUUACAGCCUACGGCUAUGACGAUGUGUCGGACGACAAGUCCAUGGGCUGGGCAAGGUAUGCCCACACUAUGCGGAUCUGGGUUUUCAACUCUGGUCUUUUUUUCAUUCGUCCCACCGUUGCAUCCAUCGAGCUCUUGGACCGAGUUACCUACAGACUGUCAAAGGAGAAAGCGUGGGAUCAGGCCGUCUUUAAUGAGGAGCUAUUUUAUCCAUCUCAUCCGGGCUAUGAAGGGCUUCAUGCGUCUCGUAGGGUGAUGGACUACUAUCAGUUUUUGAACAGCAAGGUUCUUUUCAAGACCAUCCGCAAGGAUCCCCAAAAUUUUGCAGACCACAAACCUGUCACCAUACAUGUCAACUAUCAUCCUGAUAAGUACGAACGUAUGCUGGCAAUUGUAGAUUAUUACGUCAUGGGGAAUACCAAAGCUUUGGAUAAAUUCCCCGAUGGAUCCCAAUGGUAGCAGAAGCAGAGACUAGAAAUAGCAGGUCAUGUAUAGGACACAUUUUCCUUAUUCUAUGAUUGAUUCUUCCGAUCUAUCGGCAAAAUUGGUGUUCAAACUUAGCAAGGUUUCAUAUGUUUGCAAUGUCGGUAUUCUCUUGUAUCUCUUGAAAGAUUCUUCGAGCCUUCAAAAUCCGUUUUAAAUAUUGCUCGUGCGUUUAUUUGCCUAGGACUGUCUGUGUGAGAGAUCAACGAGCUUUCUUGUAAGGUCGAGCACAACCUUGAGCGAGAAUCGUGUUCUUUCCUUGCAUGUUUAGCUAAGAAACACACAACUAGGUAUCCACAAGUGCUCCUGAGCUCCUCCAUGCAGCUUCCCUUCUGUCCAACUUGCAAAAUGGAGUACCUGCUAUCUACAGAGGAAUGUGUCUCACCGCCAUCUGCAUGAUAGCAGAGAAUGUA